CUGUGGCGGAGCCGCGACAAAAAAAACCGGUAUGGUACAGUGGAGUUGCAGUUAGGCUCCUUUAUUAUGUACCUACAACACGAUCGUCCGCCAUAUCUUCUCGUCACGCAAGUUCCAACCGAAAAAAAAGGCUAUAUCUGAUAUCUGAUGUCCACCAGACGAACUCAUCGGAAGUCACGUCAUGGCUGCCUUCAGUGUAAACGCAGACGAGUGAAGUGCGAUGAGCAGCGUCCACAAUGCAUGAAUUGCGUUAAACGCCACACAGAAUGUGAAUACGGCGCAGCCACUCCGAUUCUCUGGAGAAAUGGCGAUUCUAGUCAGAGUCUGGAGUCUCCCCAGUCUGGGACGACUGGGGAGGCCGGCAUAAAUGUAGGAUAUGAAGCGACGAGCGACACUACUUUCGAGUUCUUUGGGCGGCUCAACAAUGAGGACGCGACAGCGACUCCUGACCUCAACAUGGUUGACCUGGAAUUAAUGAUGCACUGGUGCAGUUUAGCAUACCGCAGUCUGACACGAGAUGAACAAAGCGAUUACCUAUGGCAGAAGGCCAUCCCAAGAGAAGCCCUAUCUCACCCAUUCUUGAUGCGUGGCAUACUAGCAAUGUCAGCGCUCCAUCUGGCCGUGUCCAGCAGCGGCCCCCAGAAAGCCGCAUACAUCAGUACAGCAGUCGCACAGCAAGAUCAGGGUUUGGCUCUUUUUCGGGAAAUGCUGGGAGAUAUAAACCCCUCGAACGGCAAGGCAAUGUUCGCGUUCUCGAGUUUGGUGGUCGGUUUUGCGUUUGCGUUUCCAAUCACUCCAGACUCCUCGGAUCCGUUAUCACUUAUAGACGAUCUCUAUCGCAUUAUCAUCUUGUGUCGCGGUAUGCAGGAGAUCUUGAGCACUUCUCAUAGCUGGUUGGAGCGGGAUAAGGACAUUGGUCCCACUUUGAAAGGACUAGACGAAGAUAUCGAUCCCUCAGAGGACGUGAAAUCGAUGUUGAAGAGCCUGCAUUAUGCCAAUGAGCAGAAUGCUUCCAGGGGAGCUGGCUACGAUUUUGAAGCUUAUAAAGAAGUCAUUGACCGAACCGGUGUUGCAUUGGACCUAGCGCGAUAUGAAUCAGGGCGACUUACUAUUGCGGCUUGGUGGCCUAUCAAACUUCGCUCGGAAUACAUUGAUGAUCUCCGUGAACAUAAAGGAUUUUCUCUCACUAUCCUUGCUUAUUAUUGCUUGGCCCUGCACCGUUUGAGAGGGAACUGGUUGGUACAAGACUGGGGGGCCAGAGUCCUGAAGGUCAUUUAUGAUUCUCUCGAUGCCGACCUCCGACCUCUCCUCAAUCGAGCCAUGGAAGAAGUCUUUGACUGCUAACUUUCUGGUCAAAUAUAUUGACACGGAAAUACAUUGGUUUGUUGGCAUUGCUCUUCAGAGGCAGAUACAGGAAAUCUCCGACAAAGGGAGAUUAAAUAAUACAGCCUCCGUAUAUGUCUAUAUGGCGCAACCAUUAAAGC